AUGGACAAACGAGGCGCAGUCGUUCUGGGUGGUGCGCAUGGCGCGCUGGCCCUGGCGCGCAGUCUGGGCGCGUCCGGCGUCCCGGUUUCCCAUAUCAGCAACGAUUCCCCCCUCCCCGGCUCGUCGCGCCAUGUAAAGCACCAGAUCGGCUGGCCCGGGCCGCUCGAUGAAGGCGCCAUCCCGUUUCUCUUCAAGGCCGCAGAGGACCAGUUCUCCUACGCCGCCCUCUGGGACAAUGGAAAGCCGGUGGCCGAGUUCACCGCCCGCCGCACCCGGCAGUAUCCGGUCGAUUUCGGCUGUAAGAGCACAUUCGUCGAGAUCGUCGAGGAGCCGGGCGUUGUCGAAGCGGCCCGCACAAUCCUCGCAUCGAUCGGCCACCAUGGUCUGGUCGAAGUGGAGUUCAAGCGCGACCAAAGGGAUGGUUCGCUCAGGCUGCUGGACGUCAUUCCGCGCCCCUGGUCAUGGUUCGGCCUGUGCUCGGCCGCCGGCAUCGAUCUUGGCACGAUGCUGUGGCGGCUUGCCAACGAUCAGCCCAAUGCGCCCGCCGCGGCAACGCCUGGGACGGCGUGGAUGUAUCUGGCCCGCGAUGCCGUCGCGGCCACCAGCCUGAUGGCCCGCAGGGACAUCGGCCUUGGCGGCUGUUUGCGGUCGUUCGGACGGGUCCGGGCCUGCGCCACCUUUGCCCGCAACGAUCCCAGGCCGGGCCUGAUCGAUCUGCCGCUGACAGGCGGGCGGGUCCUGACCAGGCGAAUCCUCAAAGCCGGUCACCAAACCUGA